GUUCCUCUAAGUGGCUGCCUUAGACCCAAGCUGUCAUCCUGUGAUUUCUGCAUUUUGGUUUCGACAUCCCCCCCGACAUUUUCAGUGGCACAAAUAUUCACUUGAUAGCAAGAAAGCAACAAAAAGUCUUCGAUAAAUGUGUAUGAGCUCAGAGAUCACUCAUUUAGUGUUUCCUUGGGAAUAACACAAUGGACUGGAUUGUUUUGACAACAAUACUUUUGUCAGUGUUAAAAGAUGCACUUUGUUUCAAUAUCGAUCCUGUGGCUUGGAAGACCCUGACGUACUCUUACGAAGGUUUUGGAUACCAGGUGGUGCAGAGGCCAUCAGACCUACUGGUGAGUGCUCCUCUUCAACAAUAUUCGCCCACAAAAAGGGGGCAAAUAUUUAAAUGCUCCGCCGAAACUGAAUUAUGCAGUGCCCUAAAAGUUUCAGUGCCAGAAAUUGCAGUCAACAUGUCCCUUGGUUUGACAAUGUCCAAUGAUCCAUCCACACAAAACACUUUGGCAUGUGGACCAACCAUCCCCAGAGACUGCAAAAGCAUCACCUUGUACAGCGGUAUGUGCAUGCAGAUAGACCGAUCUGAUCAAAUUACAGGUCCUGUACCUUCUACUGAGAAAGAGUGCCGAUCAGCAGAUAUAGCAUUUCUGUUGGAUGGUUCAGGCAGCGUCAGUAGAUCGGACUUCCAUUUAAUGAAGACUUUUGUGAAAAAUGUUGUCCGCUCACUCCUGCCACUUGACACAAGGUUUGCUAUAGCCCAGUUCUCCGCAGAACCUCAAGUCCAUUACUACUUCAAUGAUUUCUUAUCUGGAGAAUCAUGGGAAUCUAAAGUUGACAGAAUUACACAACUCAGAGGUUCAACUUUCACAGCUAAAGCCAUCAAGUUUGUGGUCAAUAAUGUUUUUACAAGAACAGAAGGUUCCAGACCCAAUGUGAAAAAGGUCUUGAUAGUCAUCACCGAUGGAGCAUCAAACGACCGGAAUUUUCUCCCAUCUUCAGCAGCAUUUGCCGAGAGACACAGUAUUGUUCGAUUUGCUAUUGGAGUGGGGUCCGCAUUUCACGAUAGUGGCGCAAAAAAUGAACUGGAAACCAUUUCAUCUUCUCCCACUGAAAAUGUUUUUCGAGUGGAGAACUUUGACGCACUUGAAAAAAUAAGGGAGACGCUGCAGGCCAAACUCUUUGCUAUUGAAGGAUCGCAAACAGGUGGAGAGUCAUUGAAAAUGGAAAUGGCUCAAGAGGGAUUCAGUGCAGUUUAUGUUCCUGGGGGGUUUCAGAUCGGUAUGGUUGGGGCUAAUGUGUGGAAGGGAGGCUACCUGCAAUACUUGAGCACAAACCAGGAGACAUUUUCAUUUCAGGCCGAUAUAGAGGAAGACAGUUACGUGGGGUACUCCAUGGCUGUUGCUAAAACGACAACAGGCACAUUGACAAUUAUUGGUGCUCCAAGAUAUAAACACAGAGGAGUUGUGAGGGUUGUUGUCAACAACUGGAACUACAAAAAGAUUGACCCCUUUCCAUGGCAGUUUCAGAUUGGUGAAUAUUUUGGGGCCGUUGUUUGUGCGAUGGACAUGAAUCAAGACAGCUACUCUGACCUUAUCCUCAUCUCCGCCCCAAUGUACAUUGACUCUGAUAGAGUGGGAAGGGUUUACGUGUGCACCGUAUCUCGUUUGGAUGUUGAGUGUCACUUAGAUUCUCCAUCAGUACUGAGAGGGGAUGCAUCUCAAAGAGGAAGGUUUGGGUCUUCCCUAGCUGUACUGCCAGAUCUGAACACAGAUGGUUUUAGUGAUUUGGCGGUUGGAGCGCCUUUGGAGAACGACGGUCAAGGCAGCAUCUACAUUUUCCACGGCGAAGGUGGAAUAAGGAUUAGCUCUUCCUACACACAGAGAAUCGCUGGCUCUGAAGUCAAGAAAGGACUCAAGUUCUUCGGCAUGUCGAUCAGUCAGUCGUCUUUUGACCAAAGUAGGGACAGUCUGCCUGAUUUAGCGGUGGGUUCAAAGGGCAGUGUUGUCCUACUUAGAUCAAAACCUAUAGUCAUGGUUGAAGCUAAAGUGUCGUUCAGCCCAAACCAAAUCCCUACUCAAAACUCCGACUGCUCAAAACCUUUGGAAGUCACAGCUAAAAUCUGCUUCAUCAUGAUAAAUCUCUCUUUAGUAGAAAAAGCUGGUGCAAAUAUUAAUUUUGUUUUAACACUGGAUGCCACACGCAAAGUCCCAAACAACCGAGCUUACAUUAGCGGGAAACAACGAGAGGCUUCUAGAGAUAUUACUCUCGACUUGACUCGGCAGAUUUGCACGGACAUUAAAUUCUUCGUUGAAUCUUGCCCAGAAGAUUCUCUCAAUGUGCUGGACAAUGAACUCAAAUUUACCUUUGAAGGAAAGCCUUCUGCCCAAAAGCUCAGUCCGAGUCUCGCCCUGCAGGCUCAGACGACAAGGUUUCAUCGCUUAGGGUUCGAGAUCGACUGCGGCACGGACAAUGUGUGUAUAGAUACAAUGAAAUUGGACUUGAACUUUAACAACUCAACUGAGGUCAAAGUUGGCAUCGAUGAACUUGUAGAAGUCACUGUCUCCGUGGAGAACAGCGGGGAAAACGCCUAUAACAGCCACGUCUUUCUCACAUACCCAGCUGGACUCUCCUUUAGGAAGUUUAAGAUUCUGCAGGGAAGAAUUGAGUGCAACUCCUUGGACAGUGAAGACGGUUUAACACGAGGAAAAACAGACUGCACAAUUGACAAGCCUAUUUUGAAGAGCAACGCUAAGGUCCUAUUCAUCGUCUCCUAUGGGUUCGAGACCAAUAGUCAUCUUGAAAGGAGGAUUUUUAUCUCUGCAAAUGCUACCAGUGGGAAUACGCAGCACUCCAGCUCAAGUGAACUCUACCAAAGAAAAGAGAUCGAUGUGAAGUACAGCAUUUUUGCUACAAUUGAAAGUUUACUCCGCUACAGCAACUUCUCUCAUGGAAAGAAUGAUUUGAAGACACCGUUGAAUCAAUUCAUUGUGGUUACAAAUGAUAUCAGAGCGCUGAAUCUCACUGUGGUGAUCAAGGUGCCGGUGAAGCUCGGAGAUAAAGACAUCUGGGUGGAUCCAGGCAGUUUGCAGAUUCCAGCCUGCCAAAGACACCACGUUGAAAAACCCUCUGUCACCGAUUUUGUUGCCAAGAUACAGAAAAACAAGUUGGUGGACUGCUCGGUGGCUCACUGCAGAGUGUUCAAGUGCAGUCAGUUCAUGGGAAGACUGGAGAGCAGAAAGUACUACAUUUCUGCAAACCUUAGUUCGGCAUGGAUAGAGCAGAUUGGACUUCAAUCUGCCAAAUUCCUCUUGACCAGUACAGCCAUGCUGGAGUACGACAGAGACCAGUACAUAUUCUUUACGUCGGGGUUUAAUAACAACCCUCCUGUUCACAAGAUUGUGGCAGAGGUAGAAUUGUAUGCAGAACCAGACUUCACCAAAGAGAUCGUGGGAGGAUCCCUGGGAGGCUUGGCUCUACUGGCUUUAAUCACAGCUGGCCUGUAUAAGGCUGGAUUUUUCAAGAGCAAAUACAAGGAAAUGAUGAACGAGGGUGCAGAAGAUCCUGGUGCUGGAGAAGGCGCACCAGAAUAAGAAAUAUUACAUCAGUGAAUGUCCCACAGAGACCCACUGUUUUAGUUCUAAUACAUCCCUGAUAUUGAGCAUGCUGAUUGCAGCUGAGCGCAAAACAACCAAACUCUUCCAAACUGUAUGUGUGAGUUUCCGAAAACCUCCACAAUUCAAUAUUUGCAUGAGAUUGCAUUUGAGAUUUUUUUUGUGGCACCACAGGUUUUAUGAAAUUAUAUAUUUAGAUAUGCAAUUAAAGUCAAGGUUUACUUUAUAUGUUUUCAGCUACCACCAUAACUUCCACUUAUUUUUGCUAUGCUGUCGCUAUUGUUCAUUUCUAUAAUUUCUUGUACUUUAAAAACAACAACAUUAUGAUCCACAUAUAUUGUACUGUAAAACUGCUGAAAUUGAAAUUGCAAUAUUGAUCAAACUAUUCAAAAUGUAUGUAAAGAGACAUUUUUAAUGCUUCAUCAUUAUUUAUUAUGCAUGUUAUUAAAAUGUAUUUUUACUUGUCUUAA